CUUCCCUAGUACGCAUGCGCAGGGCGCUGGGUUCGUGCUCCCAGCCGGUGGGCUUGGAUUGGGUGAGCCUCUGUGGUCCCGCCCCGGGACCUGGAAGUUCCCACUGGAUGGGGGAGAGCUCCGAGGGCUCCCGGUCUGGACCGCACUUCUUGGUGUCCUCAUCUGUUAAGAUAAGCCCUGUGCCCACCUAGGGGCGGCUGUGAGGAUGGAGGUGACGUGAGUGUGUACAGCACACAGCGGGCACUGCCUUCUACUGCUAGCAGCUCUUUCAAGACAGAGAUUGUCUCAUUAGGCUCAGCAUCUAUCGUGUAAGAGACGCAUAAUAAAUAUGUAUUGAAUGGACCACGGAGAACCUUAAACUGGACACACAGCCUACUUGGUCUUUUUAUGGCAGUUCUCAAAAUUAAUAGUACAACUUCAAGACUGUGAAAUCAGUAAGAGUUCAGUGGAGUAGCUGAUCGUGGGGUGCAUAGUCCUGGCUCCUCAGCCUUUCCCUGUGGACACUGAUGCUGGCGUGAUUUCAUCCCCAACACAAGCACCGGACUCCACACAAAGGAACCGCCUGCCCUUGAUCUGGGAAGAUCAUUCUUUUGUAAAAUCAGAGGUGGAAAAGUUACAGGAAAUCUUUCAGGAAGCCUCUUUUAAGCAACUGUCAAUGCAGAAGCUAUUUACAGGGCCACUUUUUUUUUUUUUUUUAGCUACUGUGAAUCAGACUUUUGCAGCUAAACCAUACUACACUGCAGACUCCAUUUUUAACAUGUUAACACCCAUUUUUCUUACAUAAUUCUUUCAGAAAACGCUGCACAGGUAACUAGCAGAGAGUGCUGUGCUUCUAUGAGGAAGCGGCCCCCAGCAAAGCUGUAACGAUGUCCGACAAGAACCAGGUCGCUGCCAAAGCUGCCCUUAUCGAGCAGCUGAUGUCUAAGAGGAAUUUUGAGGAUCUCGGCAACCACCUCACCGAGCUGGAAACUCUGCGUGUGACCAAGGAGCUUCUCCAGGAAACAGUCGUGGUCCGGGCUGUGUACAGAGUCCUCAAACACUGCCCUACGGCGGCUCUGAAAAAGAAAGCCAAGUGUUUGCUGUCAAAAUGGAAAGCUCUGUAUAAGGACGCUCAGGUCAAGGCCAAGGGCAGCCCUAAGCUCUCCCCUGCGGGCAGACAGAAGGAAGAACAUCAAAGACUUUCUCCCAACCCAAGUCAGGAUGCAGCGCGGGGCAGCUCCAGUUCUCAUUCUCCGCAGCCAUCCCAAGAUGUUGCUGGAGCCCCUGAAAUGAACAUGCCAGAAAAUAGCCCCGGUGCAGGGGAGCCUGAGGCAGCGCAUCUCAGGGCUGGUGACCCUAAAUCCACCGACCAGAGCUCGGGCGAGCUGCGGGAUCCCACGCGGCCCGUGCGAGCCAAGUGCACAGAGCUGCUGUACGAAGCUCUAGCUGCUUUUUCCACCGAGCAGCCUCGAGCCGAUUUGUGGCACCGGUUUGCACAAGAAAUCGAAGAGUGCAUUUUUACCCUUCACGCCAAGAACCUCAAAAAAUAUAAAACUUGUAUCCGAAGCAAAAUUGCCAAUCUCAAGAAUCCCCGCAAUUCUCACUUACGAGAAAACUUGCUCUCCGGGAUCAUGUCUCCAAGGGCAUUUGCCGAAAUGACCGUCAUGGACAUGGCAAGCAAGGAACUGAAGCAGUUGAGAGCCUCCUACACGGAGUCCUGCAUUCAGGAACAUUCCCUUCCCCAGGGGGUGGAGGGCACUCCGACCAAGAAGGUGAGAUGCCGGCGCUGCGAGAAAUUCAAUUGCCAGGUCACCGUAAUCGCCAGAGGGGCCCUCUUCCUUCCAAGCUGGGUGCGGAAUGCAAAGCCGGAUGAAGAGUUGAUGACCUACGUCAUCUGCAAGGAAUGUGGGGAGCAGUGGUACCACAGCAAGUGGGUGUGCUUGUGACGGUAAAUAAAUGUCCUCUUAAUAGCAGGUAA